AUGUUGCACGAAGCAAGGGACAGGCAGAAGUUCGUGAGUGAUGUUCAGUAUCUGCGGGACAUGCAGCACAAAGCGGACUCUGAAUAUCAGGCUUGUCUGAGACGACAGGAAUACAGAAGAGACCCAAAUGAGAAGAAACAAGAUCAAUUUGGGGGGCAAGAGACAAAUUUGGAGAGACCCCGGUUUUCAAUUGGGUCAUCUUCCAAACAGAGUUCUGGUGAGGAGGAUUCUGUAGCCGAACCAAGACUAUCCACCAAGAGUUCUGCUGUCAAGGGUGAUUCCAGACUUCCGGCAAUUGACCAAACAUCAGUCAAACAGAAACAUAAAAGUACCAUGACUCCACGGAAACCGGAGAAGGUGGGCCCCAGCAAACCCUCUUCAGCAGCCCAGGCACCACAAAUUUUAUCAAGGAAGAGGAGGCCAAACCUGGGGAGACUGACAGUCAGCCCAGAAACGCAGAGCCCAAGAGUGCCAGGGGACAGGAGCAGACAGAAAUCGCAGCUGCCAGUGAAGUCGCCGGCCCUCAGGGGACCAGAUCCAAUAGUUCAACAAGAGGGCCCAGUGUGGGCCAGUGGCACCAAGCUGAAGAGGCCAACUCAAGAGAGAAGACACUUAGUCCCAUCUUCACAGCUAAUGACUAUGACUGAGAAUACCUCUGAGAGAGCCAAAAAAGGAGACUCAAGUGUUCUUUCUCAGAAUGAGCCACAUUCGGGCCUAUCUCAGGCCUUCCUAGGAACAAACAGCCCUCAAGUGUCGAGUGAGUCCUUGGGGCCACCACUCCUAACCACCACCAUGGGAGGGUCAAGAAGGGCACCAUUUAGAUUCAGAGAUGAAGAUUUUUAUUCCAUUUUAUCAUUAAACCCUGGAGGAGAAAAUGAUGACACUGAGGAGGAGACCCUCAUAGAGGAAGAACUUUUGUUGGUUGGUAUGCACCGGCCUCGUUCUCCUCCCAGUCAUAAGAGAAGUCGAUUUCUUGGGACGUCGGCCACUCAGGCCAAAAGUAAAAAUUUUGAAGAAAGUCCUGAAAAUUGCAGAGCAAAUUCGGUAAGAAGAACUGAGUCCAGUCGUGGCUCAUUAAGAAUGAGCAAUGCAAUGGAACCAGUGACAGAGCAGCUUCCUGUGGGGGCAAGGGUGUCUCAAGACCUCAAGCAACCUGGUGGAGGGUCUCCUAACGAGAAUGACAGUGGUGACAGUGAACAUGAGAAAAGCACCUUUCCUUCAUGGGACACCAAAUCCACAGCUAGUCUAGAUGAUGGCCUCAGUGCCGAAAAUGGAUUUAGAGACUGUACCUCCACGGAAGACAGGCCUGGUAUCCGUGAUUAUGAAAGAGAUUGGCAUGCCUACUUAAGCAGUUCUAGUAAUUCUCUUGACUGUUUUCUUUCUGGUAGACCAACAGCUCCAAGAUCACCAGUGAGUUUAUCUUAUAACUCUCCUGGAUCAUUAAUGCAUUCUGCCAUGAGAGAUGAUAUUCCAGUAGACUUGUCGAUGUCGUCUACAUUUAUUCACAGUUCAGACUCAGAGGGAAACUCAAGGUUGAAUGUUCGCCGACCAUUGUCCCCUAUUAGAAAUAGGAAUCCACUCGCCAGUGCUGAGAACCACAGUUAUUUUCCAGUAAACAGUGCACAUGAAUUUGAUGUCAGGGGAGCAGAAGAUAUUCCUUUAACGAACCCAUCCCAGGGGGCUCUAGAAUAUACGGAAGAGCUCUUACUAAAUCCUCAAAGCAACUUGUCCUUGGGGGAGUCUUCUAGCUCCUCACCGUCAAGAAUGAACUUACAAGGCCAUUUGCACGUGCCUGGGUCCCUGCAAGAAAAUAUGCCUUUUACUUUCUUCGCGGUCUCUAAUUUCCCAAAUCCAAGUGAUAACGGGAACAGAAUGGCAGCCUCUGCUUUCACAGAUGAAAAGGAAGCCAAUAAGAUAAAGGCAGACUCUGAGAAACUCAAGAAACUGCAAGAAAGUCUCCUGGAGGAGGACUCAGAGGAGGAAGGAGACUUGUGUCGCAUCUGUCAGAUAGCCGGGGGUUCCCCAACCAACCCCCUCCUGGAGCCUUGCGGCUGUGUGGGAAGCCUGCGGUUUGUUCAUCAGGAGUGCCUGAAAAAGUGGCUGAAAGUGAAAAUAACAUCAGGAGCGGAUCUAGGUGCCGCGAAGACCUGCGAAAUGUGUAAGCAAGGCCUGCUGGUCGAUCUGGAUGAUUUUAACGUGACCGACUUCUACCACAAACACCAGCAAUCCCGGGCACAAAAUGAGCUGAUGAACUCAGGCUUGUACCUGGCGCUCCUGCUUCACCUCUAUGAGCAGAGGUUUGCAGAACUCAUGAGACGCAACUACAACCGAGUCAUCAGAGAGAGGAUUCCGAGCUGGGGGAUGGAAACGAAAGCAACGGCCACGUUGUCUAGCAAGGGAGCUGGCCCUGGAGCUCUCCAAGGACAUCGCCCCACAGUCGCUUCUUCUACAUCCCCGUAUGCCUCCUUUCCUCCUCCUCCUCCUCUUUACUGA